UUUCAUCAGUGUUAUAUAUAAAACUAAUAUAUUUAUAUAACAUGGACCAUAGUUCAAUUGAAAUGUCACUAUUAUCAUUUAGUAGCCUCUGCUCCUCUUUAUUAGGAACCUUACUUGUGAUAGAACCACCAUGUGAGAGAGCUCUAAACCCUCUGAAACUAUUCUUUUCAUCUUUAUCUUUCUGUCUUCUAAAUUCACUUUCAACAUCAGAGAGCCCUAAGCUUUUUUUUUUACUCAUUACACCAAAAACCUUCAACGGCAAUUUAACCAAGUGAGUUUCUUGUAGUUUUGCUACUUCUCUCUCUUUCUUGAACACUGUAGAGUCUUAAGGUCCAUAUCACAUGAUGGAGACAAGCUCCUCUGUUUAUAUAUUAAGAGACACCAAAUCUUAAAUACCAAUUUAAGCAGGUGGGUUUCCUUUGUCUUCUCUUUAAACCCUCAACAGCUUUUCAGUUUUAGGAUAAAGUUGGAGUUUCAAAUUCUGCUGCCUUUACUCUUUUCCUCAAUCUCUCUGCUUUUUGUCACAUACCAAAAGAUGUAUAAGAAUCAGUUGCAAGAGCUUGCACAGAGGAGUUGUUUCAGUCUCCCAUCAUAUACAUGCACAAGAGAAGGACCAGAUCAUGCUCCAAGAUUCAAAGCUAGUGUAAACUUCAAUGGUGAGAUAUUUGAAAGCCCAACUUACUGUUCUACUCUCAGACAAGCUGAGCAUUCAGCUGCUGAAGUUGCUCUUAGUGCUCUCUCUUCCAAAGGUCCUUCAAAGUCUCUAACUGCUAGAGUUCUAGUAAGUCUUAAUCUCCUCUAAAGCAUGCAAAGUUCUUUCUCAUGUUUGAAUCAUUUUUUUUUGCGAAGUCUAAUAAUGUUUGGUUGUUUCUCUGAGGAUGAGACUGGGAUCUACAAGAAUCUGCUUCAAGAGACAGCACACAGAGCUGGUCUUGAUCUACCGGUUUACACAAGUGUGAGAUCAGGACCUGGUCACAUCCCAACAUUCUCUUGUACUGUGGAGCUUGCUGGAAUGAGUUUUAAUGGAGAAUCAGCAAAGACUAAGAAACAAGCUGAGAAGAAUGCAGCCAUUGCAGCUUGGUUCUCCUUGAGAAAAAUGCCAAGAUUGGACCCAUUGAGAGGUGAAGAGAAGGAACAAGAGAUAGUUGCAAGAGUCCUCUCAAGAUUUAGACCCAAAGAAGUGAAAAGAAGAGAACCAAACCAGUCAAGAAGAAGAACAGUCAUCAGAACAAUUCGCCAAAACACAACAACAACAACAACAACCACAGGAGACUUGUUGUGUGAGAAACUCAGAUCCAUCAAUCUAUAUACCAAUGAAGCUUCAUCAUCAUCACCACCACCACAGAGAUUCUGGCCUUCAAGAACAAAUCUCACACAAGAACAAUCCAAAGUCAAAUCAUUGCUAGAGAAAUGUCAAGAAUAUGCAGAGAAGAAACAGAGCCUAGAUGAUCCUAAGCCAGAGAUGAGAAUCAAAACAUCAUCACCAUCACCAUUAUCAUCAUCAGUGGAGAGAAACUGUUAUAGUAAGCUCUUACCCUUUCCAAGUUUUGUGUUAAACCAUCAGAAACUAGCUCCAGCAGUUCACAUCAGAUCAGUGAUCCCAGUUUGUUCAGCUCCUCCACCAAAACCUAACCCUAACCCUAAUUCAUCACCGUUCAUCACAAGGGAGCUGGGAAAUGGAAGCCAAGAGAAGAAGUCAUUACCAAAUUAGGAUUAGAAACAAAAUCUGGAUCAAACCCAUGAUUAAAGGUUGUGUCUUUAGAUAAACCCAUGUUAAGGAUUUGAUAAUAGAGAGAUUAGAGAAAUGGGUAAAAUCAAAUCAGGUCAUGGGUUUCUGUAUGUUCGUCGUGUAAAUUUGACUUUUUUGAAUUUUACGACCUGACAUGAAAUCAAUGUUUCUGAAUUGCACGUAGAACAAAAAAAAAAGAAAGAAAGAGUCAGAGAGAGAGAGAAGAGAGAGGAGCAAUAAAUGAGUGGGGAAGAAGGAGAAUUAAUGGCAUUUGUUUUUCGCCAUUAAUGCGCCGAUUGCUCUGCUUCUCCUUCCCUAACUCAUUCAUUAAUUGGCUCUGUUACUUCUGUUUUUUAUUUUCAACAUUAUUUUCUUGUCGUUCAAAAGAAAAUACGAUUAUAUCAAAAUCUCAAAUACACAUAAAAAAUUUUAUUCUUUCAAAAAAG